AUGACUCCCAUCAAAGAUGGAUGUCAAGAUGUUGAAAUGUUGGAUCAAGAGUUGCACUAUUAUUCUACUACCGAAAGCCUCCAAAACAAAGCAGACAAUGAACACAUUUUUCGUCUUGCAGAGGACUAUCGGAAUAGUGACAAGAAAGUUGAGAGUGUGUCACAGAUGAAUUUUCCCCAUAAUUCUCAGAAGCAAAUGCACAAGAAAAGCCUGUUACAAGAUUUACAAGCUGAAGAGAGUAGAAGAAUUUCAAGGUACAAGGAUGACUAUAAGAAGUCUCCUUUCACUAAAUGUUUACGAGGCAUGAACAAAUUAGCAAGAGCUGCAACCUUACGAGCAGACAUCCUAGCCAGAAAAAGGGGAUUACCUCUUGUGGGAAAUAGUUCUGCUUAUUCACAGUCUACUUCUGCAUUUCAUGAUCUUCCUUACCAGAGCCAAAAUGUACAAGAAAAAAAUAGCCAGGAUAGAAUUCUGAGAGGUGAGACUGGUAAUGAAAAUGGUGCUUCUCCCCAAGUUUACUGUGAGACAGACCAAUGCGUUUCUUCCAUAAAAGGAUAUGAAAGUGAAGAUCCAGCAGUCUUUCCAAGUGUAUAUGAAGAUAGAACUCAGUCUGUUUCUCAUUUUACUCUAGGGAAGGAUCCUAUGCAUAGUUUCUGCAAUAUUGCUAUGCCUUUAGCACAUAAUGGGCCAGUAAUAACAAGUGCUUCAGCAGUUCUUCCAAGAGAUAAGGCACUACAAAGCAACUCCAUAAUUAGAGAAUCAAAUUCAAAGUUGUCUAAAAGACAAUAUUCAGAAAUAUCUCCCCUAGUGCAUCAAGAGAAACUUAUUUCUGUUUACGGAUUAAUUCCAGGGAAGGAUCUUGUGCAAAAUAUUGGCAAUAUUUCUGCCUCCUUAGCUUUAGUGGGGCCAGUUAUGACACAUGUAUCAACAGGGAUUGAGAGGGAGGAGAGACAGAACAACAACACAAAAUUGCUUGGUCAAUCCUUUCAGCCAUUAGCAAAGAAGCAAUUCUUUGAGAAAGACUUGGUAGAAUCUAUGGAAAGCCCCCAUUACGAGGCAGACAAUGAACACAAUUUUUGUCUUGCAGAGGACUAUCAGAAUAGUGACAAGAAAAUUGAGAGUGUGUCACAGAUGAAUUGUCCCCAUAAUUAUCAGAAGCAAAUGCACCAGAAAAGCCUGUUGCAAGAUUUACAAGCUGAAGAGAAUAGAAAAAUUUCAAGGUACAGGGAUGACUAUAAGAAGUCUCCAUUUACUAAAUGUUUACGAAGCACGGACAAUUUAGCAAGAGCUGCUACCAUACGAGCAGACAUCCUAGCCAGAAGAAGGGGGAUUACCUCUUGUGGGAAAUAGUUCUGCUUAUUCACAGUCUACUGCUGCAUUUCAUUUCUGCUAUGCCUUUAGUACAUAAUGGGUCAGUAAUAAUGAGUGCUUCAGCAGGUCUUCCAAGAGAUGAGACACAACAAAGCAACUCCGUAAUUAGAGAAUCAAAUCCGAAGUUGUCCAAAAGACAAUAUUCAAUAAUAUCUCCCCUAGUGUAUCAAGAGAAACUUAUUUCUGUUUAUGGAUUAAUUCGAGGGAAGGGCCUUUUGCAAAGCAUUGGCAAUAUUUCUGCUCCCUAAGUGGGGCCAGUUAUGACAUGUGUCAACAGGGAUUGACAGGGAGGAAGAUAGACAAAACAAUACUACAAGUAGUGAAUAUAAUCCAAAAUUGCUUGGUUGAUCCUUUCAGCCGUUAGCAAAGAAGCAAUCCUUUGAGAAAUAAUCAGGCAGAAUCUUCAGAGAGAAUGCAAGCACAGAGAAUACAACACAAUGUUAUGAACCAUCUUUCUGGACAAAUGAAUUUUGCUGAGAAGGUUCCUAAUAACAGGAACAACACAAAUUAUUUAUUAAAGUUAAAUUUGAUUAAGUCUUGCAUAUUAGAGACUGAAGAUGGAUCUACUGAAAAGGUCAGAGAGAGUCAAACCAGAUACCAGGGACAAUUAAAGACCCCUCUGAGAGGGAAGUCUAAAUAAAAGGCAGUGGAAGCUGCCAAGAAAAAAGCAUUUGUUCAAUGGAAUGACAAUGAAAUAAGGAACAACAUAGGUAACUUACUAGAUUUAAAUUGGAUCAGCUCUUACAUAUUGGAGACUGAAGAUGGAUAUAUUAAAAGGGUGGAAAGCAGAAAAGACAGGAGGAACAGUUUGAGACUUCUAUGAGAGGGAAUUCUAAAGAAAAGGCAAUGAAAGUUGCUAAGAAAAUGGCCUUUGUUCAAUUUAAUGAGACCUUAAAUUCGAAAAGGGGAAUCACCACAGUAAAUUAGCUCUGUUUCAAAGGGAAUUACUGCAGCUUUUGUCUUCGCUCUUCUAACAGCACUAGCAGUGAUUGAAAACUGUGUUUUUUUUUUACAUGAUUUGGAUCUUUUGUAGAUGUAAGGAUUCUUUUGGAACACAUCUUGUUACCUAUUUAGCCUUCUAGCGAGUUAUAAGUUUUAUUAUUAGAGGUUGAGAGGGUUUUAAGUAGCCAAGAAGACCGAGGUAUUAAUCUAACACUUUGAAUGUUAUAAGGGUGACAUCUUAAGAAUUUUUAUUCUUUUGUUUAAAAAUUUCCUUCCCACGUUGAAAGGUCAGCAAUUGUGUUUAUUUUGUAAGAAGAGGGGAAUUAAAACUCAAAGCUCAAAGUUUGGAGUUCGAGCUUCAUGUGCUUUUAGGGUUUUCUUAAGUUUACCCUAGUCCUAUCUUGGUUGCUAACAUUUCAAGAAAAGAAAGAUGGAGUUCCUCAGCGUAAGUAGCUGCAUGCAAAGUCACUACAAGCUGUUAUACCGCCAAAGAAGCCGCCAAGAGACAGUAAUUUAAAUCAUGCAAUGAAUCACGCGCGAGGGAAGCGAAUCAUGAAGUAAAUGAGCGUUCAGGUGUGCCUUCAGAUGGUUUAAGUGUAGGAUAUGAACUAUGCCAGAUGUAGGAGUUCCUUCUUUGAAUCCACUGACAUCUCAUGAAAAGCCAAUGCAAAGAGGAUGCACAGCACCGAUUCAGGUCUGUCUUAUUCUCAGUCAUCUUGUUGUUGUUUCCAAGGAAAAGAGAAGGAUUGAUAGUAUGUAUUAUGAAGGGGUUUUCUUUAAUUAUGUUUUGGAAGCAUUCAGAGUUGUGGCAAUCUUAGCUUGUCAAGGAUUUUGUAUUGUGGGUGACAACGUAUAGGUCUAGAAUAGCAGUCAUUAAUGAUGCAGAUCAGAGAAAACUCAGAGCAUAAAAGCCUUAUACAAAGGCAUUACCAGACUUGUGAUAUUGUUCAGUAAACAAGAGUUCUCAGUGUUUGAGUAUUUCAAUGAAAAAGGAACACAGACAGAUUCAGAAGGGUAGCAGUCAUAGAUUGUCUCAGUGCAUGGGGCAGUAAGUCAAGAGGGAGUAUAGAUUGUCUCAGUGCAUGGGGCAGUAAGUCGAGGGAGUAUAGAUUGAAACAAAAGAUGAAUGGAGAUCUGAGACAAUAGCAUAUGGCUAAGGUAUUAAAAGAAAAGAAAGUUACAUAGAAAUACACUACAACCUAGGGACAAACCAGUCAAAGGCAUAGCAUAAAGAUAGUCUAAGACUAACAGUGCACCAAAUGACAGUAUGCAGAGGCAGAGACAAUCACAAUGCAGUAAAUACACAGUGACAAGAGACAUGUAGUAGAAUAAGAUUAAAGACAAGGAUUAGUAGCAGCAAAGAAGGACGAAGCAUCACAAAGCACUCUAUAAAAGAAAGAAUAGAAGGGUAUGAUCACAAAAUUUCAAAUCAUAAAGUUUCACCAAGGACAGUCUAAGACAAGGAUACUGCUGUAGCAUUACUCACAGCCGAAAUAGCAGAUUAUCUGAGUGGUGCUAGAAAGACAAGAAUGAUUUGUAUUCAUUAUCAACACACCAGGAGUAAAUGAUUAAGCAAUGAGUUUGAAGCACAGAGGAUAUGCUAUAGAAAUAUAAAGGCAAAUGUUAAUAAUGUUUGGUCACAAAUCAAAGAGUUUUCACAGUCCCAUGACUGUUACAUGAAGGCACCAUUCUCACAUAGGAACAGAGACUUUUCAGAUCAGUGGUCAUAAUAGAGGAUGAUCUGGGUAUUGAAAAGGUUGUGAAAGCAGUCUACUUGUAGGAGCCUGAUAUGAUACUAUCAAAGAAGCACAGAGCAGCAUAAAGGAUCACAGUGCCAAAAUGGAGAUUUUCAGUCUCGUGUCUGAGAGAUAGAAUAGUAUUGACAAGGAUUCAUGCCAAGCAAAGGUUUCUAACUUUUCUUAAAAGUUGAAGGUGAUGAGCUACAAUGGAAUCAAAAAUUGUUUGACAGUCCAAAUUAUGGAAAAGUUUCAAUGUGCCAAAGAUAAGAUCAUGAUGUCUACAGCAGUCAAAAUCAAAUCCUUAGGAAUACAAAACAAUCCAAAUCCCAAAGAAUGGAGGACAAUGAGCAUGGUGUUUGAGACACAGUCCAUUACCACCAAAAAGCCACAAGAAGGCAGUCAUGAUCAUAGUCAUUAAGGACAUCAAAGACAAAUAUGACAGUGACUAUACCCUAAACACAAAACAGUGACCAAGAGCAUGCAAGGAAUGUGCCAUGAAAACGGUGAUAAGGUCAUUAGAAGGAUCAACCAUGACAGUCACUGUCAAACAAUGAAAAUCCAAUCAAAGAAAACAGAGGAAAGAUUGUAAAGGUUGUAGUCAUUCAUAACCAUCAAAAGACAGUCUAAAGCUUGUGAAAGACAAAUCCAAAGACAGUCAUAUUGGUUGUUUUGAAGAUGACAGAGAUAAAAAGUUAUGUAAGGAUGACCGAGCAGACUACCAACAAAAACACAGUCAUAACUACAUGUGUUAUCACUGUCAAAGACAGUCAGUCUCAAGAAGCCAAUGCACAAGGUUCUCCAAGCAAUCCAAUGAUGAAAAGCCUCCACAGAUUUACAAAAGAGAAAGAGAAAACAAUGAAUUUAUGAAGGUUUCAGACUUGUCAAAGAAGACACAGCAGUCCUUAAUGGCAUGACAGUCCUAAUACUGUCAAAAGGGUCCAUAUCUGAUAAUGAAUAAGAUCAAAAAGGGUAUUGAACACUGUGAUAGCAUCAAAGGCAGCCCAAUAAAGCAUUAUAACAGCCUUCUACAAACAGGAUAUGACAUGAUACAUCACAGUCACAUCACAGCAGUCACAGAGGCUUUAAAGGCACUGAUCAUGUAUUGACAGUAGAUCAGUCUCUCACCUCCAAAGAAUAUGAAAUCACUAUAGAAUAUAAUGCUUUUACUAAAGUUGAAGAACCAAAUGAACAAAAUGCUGUUAAUACAGUGAAAUCUCAAUCACAGAGAUCUCGUAGCAGCCCUUAAGGACACCACUGGUCACAAAAGAAAUAGCAGUCACAGUGAGGACAACUUUUCAAACAGCAUUAUGACAAAGGAAAGCAGUCAUAGCAGGGUAUACAAUUAAAGUCAUGCUGCAGUGAUCCUAAGGACAGUGAGAAGAUAUCAUCAAGCUCAGGAAACAUCCAUGGAUGUUAGGUACCAAAGAGCAGAGGUAAAGCCUUUUGAGAGACAGUGUUGCAACACUUAAGGGGCAAUCCAAAUGAAAGAUCACAGGACUGUCAUACACAGAGAGCAUCAUAGACCAGCCACUGUCAAAAGGCAGAGCAAAUCAAGAGGAAAAGAGAUGUGAACAUGGAGCAUUCACAAUGCAAAAAUGCAGUCAUAAUCACCAACGAGGCCUAGAACAAAGCAAAGAAGACAGUCAAGAAAAAUGGGAGUUUCUCAGUCAUAGUUGCAGCAGUCUUCACAAAUGACAGUCAUUCAUAGCCUAACAAGGAUAAUUGUACUUCAAGUUCACUUCCAAUUCCUUGCAUCAUGCUCAUCUAGAGUUCAAGCUAUCACUCAAGCAGUUCACACAUCAGUCUAAAAGGAAAGAGGUAUAUUUCUAAGUCAGUCUCAGCUUGAGUUUCAUUUAAGGCCUGAAAAUUAAGGGUUUUGGAGGUGCUUACAUCAGUUUUACAUCAGUUAGAGACCCCUACAUGGAUCAUUCAUGAGUUAAGAUAAUUUUUGAAGCACUUAACCAUCAGUUUUCUUUAGUUUGGACUCCUUUUUUGCCUCCCUCAAGAUCAAAUUCGACCCAAGAGCAAUAUCAUGCAAAUUGAAGAUCAAGACUAGGAGAAGGGGACAGGCAGUUCAAGCUCUUCAUUGACUCAAGAACUGGAGUUAAAUAUCAGUCUCUUCUUCAGCCAAGAGAGGGAGCUCAUUUGAUAUAUCUUUGUACCUUCUUUUCUUUUCUUGCAUACACACAGCAGCAAGAAGAUUGUAGCUCAUUUAUUUUCAGGCUUUCAAGCAUUGUAAGAGAUUUUCAUCAGUUUAUGAAUAAAGGACAGCAGAUUCUUUUCA